UGGGAUUUGGUGGGGCUGCCUCCGGCCAUGGAGCCUGCAUAUAUAAGGAGCCAAAAAUUGCUGCCUCGCAUUUGUAGGGCAUGAAUUUGGAUGCCACUUAUUUGGAAACAGAACAGGACAAUGAUCAUAUUCUUUCCCAAUCAAAUCUAAGAACGAGAAGUUUCAAACCAUUGUGCUCGUCCACAUUAUCUCCAUUAUCUCUAUAUGUAUAUCACUCUCAAGCAUCGUUUUUCUUCGAAAUUAUUGCAAUGCUUCUGAUUCUUGCAAUAAAGACAACAUUUUGUUGGUUUUUGGGAUAUGGGUAUUGGACUAUUGGUCUGUGGUUGUAAUUGAACACACCCAUUGUUCAUUUCCCGUAUGUGUCACCACUUAGCAUUGUCGAUUCGGUUAAGAAAGAGUUUUGUGAUAACUAUUCUGGGUUGAGCUUGGAUUUCACCCAAAUGGGUGUUGGUUAUUUUGAUAAAGAAUUCGAUAAGAGUGAUGAAUUUAGUCACAAAAAUGGUGUAAUUACAGUGGCUUUUCUUGUUGUUAGGGAAUUUGUAAUGGGGAGAUUCCUCAAUGGAUUUGCGUUGCCUGUACUGCUUUUGACAGCUGCUUCACUUAAUUGGAGUUUGAUGUCUCUGGUUGAUUUGAUAGCCUUUCUCUUCAUUCAGUAUGCUGCACCAAAAAUUGGGUUUCGAUCUCAAAGACAAUCUCUGUUAUCAUGGUGUACGCUUGUCUUCUCUUCUCUGGCUGUUCUUUCACAUGCCAUAUUUCACAUUGUAUGGGCUGUUAAGGGGGAUCAGUGGAGUAUUUCUGAUGCUCAGUGGGCCAAGUUAGUUGGUUUCAUAAGUGUUCAUUCUUGGAGUUUGCCAUAUGUAAUUUGCUUUUUGGUCAUCCAAGUAUCUGCAGUUUUUGUUGCUGUAAUUGGAAUCUAUGGGAGCAGAUUUCAUCUGGAUCUAUUGGAAGAUUCGUGGUUAGGGCAUCUAUAUUCUUCUGUCACACAUAUAGGUUCUCAUCUCAGAGUUUUAUGCUGCUUAUUGUUGCCUGCUGUACAGUUGGUUGUGGGCAUUAGUCAUCCAUCUUUGGCAUCCUUACCAUUUUUCAUUUGUAGCAGUAUUGGACUUAUCAAUUGGUCUAUAACAAGCAAUUUCUUUGGCCUCUUUCAGUGGUGGAGUUACCUAUUGUUGUAUGCGGGCUUCAACAUUGUCCUGUUGUAUGCAUAUCAGCUUCCUGUCAAGUUUCCUGGGAUUAUUCAAUGUGUUGCUGGUUUCAUAGGUCUCUAUAAAAUAUCUGCAAAAUCAGAGUGGUCAGAAAUCUGUUCUUGCCUUUCACUUCUAUUUUUCUACAUCAUGCUAUCUUGGAUUAGAUGUGAUCUCGCAGAGAUGGAUUUUAUCAUGUUGACAAGAGAAAGCAGUUUGACGGUGCAACUGCUUCCCCCAAAGCAUUCAUUUUUUAUUCAUAAAUCAAGAUCUGGUGCAAGGCACACAAAUAUGAUGUUGAGAGGAUCAGUUUUUUGGACUUUCAGUGUGAACUUUUUGGCUUAUGGCUUUCCUAUUUCCUUGCUUGCUCUGUCAUUUUGGAGUUUCCAUUUUCCAAGUGUCUGUGCAUUUGGACUACUUGCAUACGUUGGCUACAAUGUGUUUGCCUUCCCUUCAUUGUUCCACUUGCACCAGUUAAAUGGUUUGCUUCUCAUCUUCAUUCUCUUAUGGGCUGCUAGCACCUACAUCUUCAAUGUGACAUUUAUGUUCCUAAAUAAAAAAACGUGGGAGGAUAUGGAAAUAUGGGAAACUGUUGGCUUAUGGCAUUACCCUAUUCCUGGAUUUUAUCUACUUGCACAGUUUUGUCUUGGUGUCCUUGUGGCCUUGGGCAAUCUUGUGAACAACUCUGUCUUCCUAUAUUUGUCUGACAUGGAUAGACAAUCUUCUAGUGAAGAUUUCACAGUAGAAGAAAGUGAAGAAACUAAAGUAUUGAUUGUAGCUACAAUAUCAUGGGGAUUGCGUAAAAGCUCUCGUGCUAUAGCACUGGUGCUGAUAUUUUUUAUUGCAUUGAAACCUGGAAUCAUUCAUGCUGUAUAUAUGGUUUUCUUUCUAUUGUAUCUGUUAAGCCACACCAUCAGUUGGAAGAUACGUCAAUCAUUGAUUGUUCUGUGUGAGGCACAUUUUGCACUGCUGUACAUUCUUCAGCUUAAUCUAAUCUCAAGAGCCUUGAAACAAAAAGGUUCAUUUGCCACAGACAUCCUGUCACAGUUAGGUUUUCUUAAUCAUGCUAGUUAUGGGGAUUUCUUGAGGAUAGCAGCACUUGCAUUCUCCUGUGCUGUUCAUAAUCAUGGCUUUGAAAUGCUAUCCUCAUUUUCAGCAAUUUUGCAGCACACUCCCUGUCCUCCAAUUGGUUUUAGCAUCUUGAGAGCUGGUUUGAUCAAAUCAGUUCUAUUAUCAGUUUAUACUUCACUAUCUGGGCAGAUCCAUGAUGAUAACUCCUCUCAUGAGAAAAAAAUAGCAUCAUAUCUGAGGGCAACUGGGCAGAAGUUUCUUUCAGUUUAUCGAUCAUAUGGAACCUACAUUGCCUUUCUAACAAUUCUUCUCACAGUAUACCUGGUAAAACCGAAUUUUAUUUCAUUUGGUUACCUAUUCUUCCUUCUGUUAUGGAUGACUGGAAGACAAAUUUUGGGAAAGACAAAAAAGCGCCUUUGGUUACCACUGAAAGUUUAUGCAGUUCUAGUGUUUUUUCUUAUUUAUGGAUGCAGCGUCUGUUUUAGUUUUCAGAAGUGGUUGUCGAGGAUGGUUGAUGUGUCUUAUGCCUUUGGAUAUAAACCAGAAGUUUCCAUGCUGGAAAAUAUCUGGCAUUCCCUUGCUGUAUUAAUUGUGAUGCAACUAUACAGCUAUGAGAGGAGAAAGAAUAAAUUUCCUCAAUCAGAUUAUGAUAAUGCACCAGAAAAAAGUUCCUUUUCUUUUGUGAAACGUCUACUAAUUUUGCACAGUGAGAAGAUACUACAUCUGGCCUUGUUUUAUGCAUCUCUGUCCCCUGUAAGUGCAUUUGGUUUUCUAUAUAUUUUUGGCUUGGCUGUUUGUUCAACACUGCCAAAAUCUUCUCGGAUCCCAUCAAAGCUGUUUCUAGUUUAUUCAGGAUUUCUUGUGAUGUUUGAGUAUCUCUUCCAGCUAUGGGGUGACAAUGCUGAAAUGUUCCCUGGUCAAAAGCACUUUUCUCUGUCACUUUUCCUGGGAUUGCAGUUCUAUAAGCCUGGUUUCUUGGGUUUAGAAUCAGGCUUGAGGGGAAAAAUUUUUGUUAUUGUAUCAUGUAUACUUCAGUACAAUGUCUUCCAUUGGUUGGAAAUGAUCCCUUACAAUUUUGGAGAUGGAAGAACAUGGGAGGAGCCCUGUGCUUUGUUUAGCUCACCAGAAGAAACCUCAAGUGACACAACAAACCAAACAAGCAAAAGUAAACACCCUAUAGGUGCUAGCCACUUGUCAGAAAAACAAAAAGAAGGGAGAAGUCAUUCAUGGCCAUCUUUUAGAAAUAUUUUAUCUCAAGGGCCAAACGCUAUCUUCUCUGAAAUAGGAGGCUUUAAAGGCAGUAACAUGGGAAAAUAUUCAAAUAACUGUGGAAGUUCCAAAGAAAGCGAUAAGUGGAACCGUAAACGAGUUCAUAUCUUGAGAAAAGAAAGACUUCACCUGCAGAUGACUACUUUAAAAGCAUGCAUGAAGUUUUGGAUAGAGAACGUGUUCAAUCUCUUUGGACUUGAGAUUAACAUGGUAGCACUGCUUCUUGCCAGCUUUGCUGUGCUUAAUUCCAUCUCCUUGCUUUAUGUUGCGUCACUUGCUGCUUGCAUUCUUUUACCUCGGCAUGUCAUGCGAAAAUUGUGGCCCAUGUUUGUAUUCUUUUUUGGUUCUGUUAUUAUCCUUGAGUACUUGGCUAUUUGGUUGAAUCAAAUAUCCGGAAAGCAACAUGCUGCGGGUGACACACAAGUUCCUUGUAAUGCUUGUUGGCGAAACUCUGAUCUGUACUUUGACUACUGCAAAAAAUGCUGGCUAGGAAUCAUAGUUGAUGAUCCGCGGAUGCUCAUAAGCUAUUAUGUGGUAUUCAUGCUAUCAUGUUUGAAAUACCGUGCUGACCACUUGUCCAGUCUCUCAGCAUCAGAGACAUAUCAACAAUUGAAGUCUCAAUAUAAGAAUGCAUCACUGAAUGCUCUCUUAUUUGAAAGAAAGUUCUUGUGGACAUUCGUUGAUUACCUGAGGCUUUAUAGUUAUUGCCACUUGCUAGAUCUUGUUCUGACUUUAAUUUUAAUCACGGGAACACUUGAAUUUGACAUUCUGCACCUUGGAUACCUUGGUUUUGCUCUGGUUUUCGUUCGGAUGAGGCCUGAAAUACUAAAGAAGAAGAAUGAAAUUUUUAAGUUCUUGCGGUUGUACAACUUUGCUGUAAUUGUCCUGUCUCUUGCUUAUCAAUCCCCUUUUGUGGGGGAUUUUUGCAAGGGGGAAUGCCAAAUGAUAGACUACAUAAGUGAGGUGGUGGGAUUUUACAAAUAUGAUUAUGGGUUCAGAAUUACAUCAAGAUCAGCAUUGGUUGAGAUUAUCAUAUUUAUGCUGGUAUCCCUACAGUCAUAUAUGUUUUCAGCACAGGAGUUUGAUUAUGUGUCUGAAUAUCUUGAAGCAGAGCAGAUUGGUGCUAUAGUGCAAGAACAGGAGAAGAAGGCUGCUUGGAAGACUUCUCAGUUGCAACAGAUACGAAAAUCUGAAGAGGAGAAGCGCUUGCGUAAUUUACAAGUGGAAAAGAUGAAAUCAGAGAUGCUUAACCUCCAAAUCCAGCUUCAGAGUAUCAACAACAAUGCAGAUUGUGGUAAUGCUUCUCAAAGUCAAGGCAAUAUGUGGAGAAACUCAUCCCCAAGAAUAGAUAUAGUGAAUAGCAUCACAGGCAAAGGAGAAUAUGAUUUUAAGAAGCAAGCAGUUGAUUUAAGCUCUGAUUUAUUUCCUUUUGAUGUGAAUGAAUCUCCCAAGAAUGAAAACACUGUUAGUUCAUCUGCAGUGCACACCAGAAAGCAUUCAUUGGAAUUUAUUAAUGAGAUCACUGAGCUAUCAGAUAAAGCUGCUAGUUGUGAGUUUUUACAUUCACAUGAAAGAGAUGAAGCAACAUUCCAAGCCAAGAAAAGGCCUCUAGUCUCAGCCGUACAUCUUUUCAGUGAUGGAGUUUCUCAAGUGCAAUCUCUUAGUAAUAUGGCGGUUUCCAAUAUAGUGAGUUACUUAAAUAUAAAACAUGAAGAACUAGAUCUUAGUGGUGAUUCUUCUGAUGAUGAGGUAUACUUUAAGAUGGAGAAUAAGAACAUAGGGUGUGAACCUAUGGACUGGACAUUUUCCACUCAAUCUGAUGAUGAGCCGAUCACCUCUGAUGGUGCAUGCUUGCAAAUUGGGAUGAUCCUCCGCCACAUGUGGGCACAAAUGCGAUCUAACAAUGACGUUGUUUGUUAUUGUUGCUUUGUUCUAAUAUUCAUGUGGAAUUUUAGUUUGUUUUCAAUGGUUUAUCCUGCUAUUCUCUUUCUGUAUGCUCUUUGUGUGAGUACUGGUCCAAAUCACAUGUUCUGGGUUAUUGUGUUGAUUUAUACAGAGAUGGCUAUAUUGGUUCAGUACAUAUAUCAAAUCAUCAUCCAACAUUGUGGUUUGACCUUCAAUGUGAAUUUGCUUCAGGAACUAGGAUUUCCUGCACAUAAAAUCAUGUCAUCUUUUGUAAUAAGCAACUUGCCUCUUUUUGUGGUGUAUUUAUUUACUCUCCUUCAAACCUCCAUAACUAGAGAUAGUGAAUGGGCAGCCAUAGCUGAAAGCAACUUUGGAAAGAGAAGAAACAAGUGCCAAGAACAGGCUGUUAAGAAUUGCAGGAUAAGAAUAGAGAGGUUGCUUUUUUGUGCUAAAAAUUUUAUGGAACAAUUGAUUAGAAGCCUUAACAGGUAUUGGAAAUCUCUGACACAGGGUGCAGAAACUCCACCUUAUUUUGUACAGCUGUCUAUGAAAGUGGAUUUAUGGCCUGGGGAUGGUAUUCAGCCAGAAAGAAUCAAAUCAGGAAUAAACAAGCUACUCAAGAUCAUGCAUGACAAAAGAUGCCAGGAAAUGAGCCCGAACCAUUUCCAUUCAGUCAGUAGGAUUCGUGUUCAAAGCAUUGAAAGAAGUCUAGAAAAUGAUAAUGAUAAUGAUAAUGUUGCUCUGGCUGUGCUUGAAGUGUUAUAUACCUCUCCUUUCAAACAAUGUACCCAAGUGGGAUUUUACCAGUCACUGACUCCGGCAGCUGAUGUAGCAUAUGAGAUUCUAGAAGCUCAACGUACUGGUGUUGUUAAAGAAAUAGGAUUCCCUUAUCCGAUACUCUCAGUGAUUGGUGGAGGAAAGAAACAUAUUGAUCUUUAUGCCUACACAUUUUGUGCUGAUUUGGCUGUUUUUUUCUUGGUGGCCAUUUUCUACCAAUCAGUCAUGAAGAACAACAGUGAAUUUCUUGAAGUUUAUCAGCUUGAAGAUCAAUUCCCUAAAGAAUUUGUAUUUAUCUUAAUGGUUAUCUUUUUGUUGAUAGUGCUUGACCGUAUUAUCUACCUUUGUUCAUUUGCCACUGGAAAAGUCAUCUUCUAUCUUUUCAAUUUUGUUCUCUUCACAUACUCAGUUACAAAGUAUGCUUGGAACAUCGAGCUACAAAACAGACAUGCUGCAAAAUUUGCACUUUGUGCUAUCUAUUUCACAAAGGCGAUUUCUCUAGCUCUGCAAGCCAUACAAAUAAGAUUUGGGAUUCCACACAAAAGUACUUUAUAUAGGCAGUUUUUGACAAGUAGCAUUUCACAAGUUAAUUAUUUGGGUUUUCGACUUUAUCGCGCUCUUCCAUUCCUUUAUGAAUUGCGAUGUGUCCUUGAUUGGUCUUGCACAACUACAUCUUUGACUAUGUAUGACUGGCUGAAGUUGGAAGACAUUCAUGCCAACUUGUUUCUUGUCAAAUGUGAUGUGGAUCUGAAUAGAGCAAAACACCAACAAGGAGAAAAGCAACCCAAAAUGACUAAAUUCUGCAAUGGGAUAUGCUUAUUCUUUGUAUUGAUGUGUGUUAUAUGGACUCCUAUGCUGAUGUACAGCAGUGGUAACCCCACAAACAUUGCUAACCCUAUUAAGGAAGCCAGCAUCCGGAUUGAUAUACGAACAAAUAGUGGGCGGCUUACAUUAUUUGAGACAACAUUGUGUGAAAAAAUCUCAUGGGAUGAAAUUGGUUCACAUACUGAUAUGGAUCCUGGAGGUUAUUUACGUGCUUAUGAUGAGAAAGACAUUCAAUUAAUAUGCUGCCAAGCUGACGGUAGCACAUUGUGGCUUGUUCCACCUGUAGUCCAGGCUGGAUACAUGAAUUCUCUCAGAUGGAGCAUGGACAUCAUCUUUUCCUGGCAGUUAACCAGGGAUCGGCCCAAAGGAAAGGAAGUUGUGAGAUAUGAAUUGAUUGUUCGAGAUGAGGAUCUUCCAACAUAUUCAGAAAUAAUGGCAGUGCUAAAUGGUAGUGCCAAUAGCUUCAGAAUACAUAAUGUUUUUCCAAGAUACUUCCGGGUUACUGGAUCUGGUGAAGUUCGAUUUUUGGAAGAUUUGGUAGAUCUGGUUAGUGGGGAUCUUGUUCUCAAUCGUGGAAAUCUGGAGUGGUGGUCUUUUCAUGUCAUUAAUGUGUCAUCUGGAUGUGGUGACUUUGCAGGUCCUAUGGCCAUAAUUGUAUCUGAGGAAACACCACAGGGCAUUCUAGGUGAAACACUUAGCAAGUUCAGUAUCUGGGGUCUGUACAUUACCUUUGUGCUCGCAGUUGGUCGUUUUAUCAGACUACAAUGUUCUGAUCUAAGAAUGAGAAUACCAUUUGAGAAUCUUCCUUCUUGUGACAGGUUGAUGGCAAUCUGUGAGGAUAUUUAUGCUGCAAGAGCAGAGGGUGAGCUUGAAGUUGAAGAGGUUCUUUAUUGGACACUGGUGAAGAUUUAUCGAUCUCCACACAUGCUGCUUGAAUACACCAAGCCUGACUAAGUCAUCUGGGAUGUGUGAUCUCUUGUCACUUGCUAUCCUUCCUAGCAUAAAUGCUUAAAUCUAGACCCGAUUUGAUUGAGACUAUAAAAACUCAUUAUUUAUUGAUGGGAAAUUUUGAGGAUUCAUUUAGCA